AUGGCACCUCUUCCCAUCAAGUUCACAGAGCUGGUCAAUUUGACCUCUGUCGGCAUUUUGCCGGCAUCAAUUGGCUUCACUUCAUGUACACUAGAAUCCGAUCACUACGUCUGUGUUCGUCAAAAGCUGGACGAUGAGAGCAAACCAGAAGUCAUCAUUAUCGACCUCAAGAACAACAAUGAAGUUCUACGACGCCCGAUCAACGCCGACAGUGCGAUUAUGCAUUGGAACAAGAACAUUAUCGCUUUGAAGGCCCAGGGACGCACCAUUCAGAUCUUUGACCUUGGCGCGCGGCAAAAGCUCAAGUCGGCGAAUAUGAAUGAAGAUAUUGUCUACUGGAAGUGGUUCAGCGAAAGGUCCCUGGGUCUGGUCACCGACUCAGCGGUCUACCACUGGGAUGUCUACGAUGCGACACAGCAGAACCCCGUCAAGGUGUUCGACCGACUUCCCAACCUUGCAGGAUGCCAAAUUAUCAACUACCGCGUCAACGCCGAGGAGAAGUGGAUGGUUGUGGUUGGUAUUAGCCAGCAGCAGGGCCGUGUCGUUGGAUCGAUGCAGCUUUACUCAAAGGAGCGCGGGAUCUCUCAGUUUAUCGAAGGCCAUGCCGCCUCUUUCGCCAACAUUACUGUUGAGGGUUCCCCCCUACCCCACAGUCUCUUUACCUUCGCCGUUCGUACCCAAACGGGCGCCAAGCUGCAAAUUGCCGAAAUUGACCACCAAGAACCCAACCCUCGCUUCCAGAAGAAGGCAGUCGAGGUGUACUUCCCACAAGAGGCAGUCAAUGAUUUCCCCGUCGCAAUGCAGGUUUCCAGCAAGUACGACGUGGUCUACCUCGUUACGAAAUAUGGCUUCAUCCACCUUUAUGAUCUCGAGACUGGCACUUGUAUCUUCAUGAACCGCAUCUCCAGCGAGACGAUCUUCACCACGACUGCGGAUUCCGAGGGAGCCGGUCUAGUCGGUGUGAACCGCAAGGGCCAGGUCCUGGCCGUCAGUGUUGACGAAAACAAUAUUAUCCAGUACCUUAUGGAGAACCCCGCCAUGUCCGGUCUUGCUAUCAAACUUGCCUCGAAGGCUGGCCUUCCAGGAGCAGACCACCUGUAUCAGCAGCAGUUCGACUCUCUCAUGGCCUCGCAGGAUUACGCCGAAGCCGCCAAAAUUGCUGCCAACUCCCCCGGGUACUUUGGUAUGCUGUUGGAUAAGGGUUCGCUCAAUAGGUACGAAAGUGUUGAGCUUGUCCGACCCGUUUUGCAGCAGAACCGCAAGCACUUGCUUGAGAAGUGGAUGCAGGAGAAGAAGCUGGAGAGCUCGGAGGAGCUUGGUGACAUUAUCCGGCCAUAUGAUAUGUCCCUUGCCCUGACCGUUUAUCUUCAAGCCAAUGUUCCUAACAAGGUUGUUGCCGGAUUCGCGGAGACCGGUCAGUUCGACAAGAUUCUUGCAUACUCCAAGCAAGUUGGAUACCAGCCGGACUACACCCAGCUGCUUCAGCACAUCGUUCGCGUAAACCCCGAGAAGGGCGCUGAAUUCGCUACUCAGCUCGCGAACGAAGAAAGCGGCGCAUUGGUUGAUCUUGACCGCGUUGUCGACGUGUUCCUGUCACAGAACAUGAUCCAACAGGCUACUUCGUUCCUCCUGGACGCCCUUAAGGACAACAAGCCCGAGCACGGUAACCUGCAAACUCGCCUUCUCGAGAUGAACCUCGUCAACGCCCCCCAAGUCGCAGAUGCCAUCCUCGGCAACGAAAUCUUCACACACUUCGACCGUCCUCGUAUCGCCCAGCUUUGCGAGAACGCCGGUCUUAUCCAGCGUGCCUUGGAGAACACGGAUGACCCAGUUGUAAUCAAGCGCAACAUUGUUCGCACCGACAAGCUGAGCCCCGAGUGGCUGAUCAGCUACUUCGGUCGUUUGUCUGUGGAGCAGACUCUUGACUGCAUGGACACCAUGCUGGAGUCGAACAUUCGCCAGAACCUGCAGUCUGUGGUCCAGAUUGCCACCAAGUUCUCCGACCUUCUUGGUGCUAACCGUCUGAUCGAUCUUCUGGAGAAAUACCGCACUGCCGAGGGUCUUUACUAUUAUUUGGGAAGCAUUGUCAACCUCAGCGAGGACCCUGAGGUACACUUCAAGUACAUCGAGGCUGCCACGGCCAUGAACCAGCUCACCGAGGUUGAGCGUAUUUGCCGUGAGAGCAACUACUACAACCCUGAGAAGGUAAAGAACUUCCUGAAGGAAGCCCGCCUGACCGAGCAGCUCCCUCUGAUCAUCGUUUGUGAUCGUUUCAACUUUAUCCAUGAUUUGGUCCUGUACCUCUACCAGAGUCAACAGUUCAAGUCGAUCGAGGUUUAUGUCCAGCGUGUCAACCCUGGUCGUGCCCCUGCUGUUGUUGGCGGCUUGCUUGAUGUUGACUGCGAUGAGGCUAUCAUCAAGAAUCUCCUCUCGAGCGUCGACCCAUCCGUCAUCCCCAUCGACGAGCUUGUUUCUGAGGUCGAGAGCCGAAACCGCCUCAAGCUGCUCCUGCCUUUCCUCGAGGCCACUCUUGCCACUGGCAACCAGCAGCAGGCCGUCUACAAUGCUCUUGCAAAGAUCUACAUUGACAGCAACAACGACCCAGAGAAGUUCCUUAAGGAGAACGACCAGUACGACACUCUCGUUGUUGGAAAGUACUGUGAGAAGCGUGACCCCAAUCUGGCGUACAUUGCCUACAGCAAGGGCCAGAACGACUUGGAGCUCAUUAGCAUCACCAACGAGAACUCCAUGUUCCGUGCUCAGGCUCGUUACCUCGUUGAGCGUGCCGAUUCCGAGAUCUGGGCCUUUGUCCUCAGCGAAAACAAUGAGGGCCGGCGUUCCCUUGUGGACCAGGUCAUCGCCACCGCAGUUCCCGAGUCUACCGAACCCGAAAAGGUGUCUGUCGCCGUCAAGUCGUUCCUUGAGGCUGAUCUUCCCGCCGAGCUGAUUGAGCUGCUCGAGAAGAUCAUUCUGGAGCCCUCUCCAUUCAGUGAUAACACCAGCUUGCAAAACCUCUUGAUGUUGACUGCUGCCAAGGCUGAUAAGGGUCGCCUGAUGGACUAUAUUCACCAGCUCAACGAGUUCUCCGCUGAUGAAAUUGCCGAGAUGUGUACCAGUGUUGGUCUGUACGAGGAGGCCUUUGAGGUCUACAAGAAGGUUAACAACAACCUGGCUGCCGUCAAUGUGCUUGUGGAGAACAUUGUCAGCAUCGACCGAGCUCAAGAAUUUGCUGAGCGUGUUGAGCUGCCUGAGGUUUGGAGCAAGGUCGCUAAGGCCCAACUCGAUGGCCUUCGUGUGACUGACUCAAUUGAGUCCUACAUCCGUGCCGAGGACCCGUCCAACUACCACGAGGUGAUUGAGACUGCAACUCAUGCAGGCAAGGAUGAGGAUCUCGUCAAGUUCCUUCGCAUGGCGCGCAAGACGCUGCGUGAGCCAGUUAUUGAUACCGGUCUUGCUUUCUGCUUUGCCCGCCUGGAUCAGCUUGCCGAGCUGGAGGACUUCCUUCGCACUACCAAUGUUGCGGACAUUGAAGCUUCCGGCGACAAGGCUUAUGCUGAAGGCUUCCACAAUGCUGCUAAGAUCUUCUACACCAACAUCUCUAACUGGGCUAAGUUGGCGACUACCUUGGUGCACUUGGAGGACUACCAGGCUGCAGUGGAGUGUGCCCGCAAGGCUAACAGCGUCAAGGUCUGGAAGCAAGUCAACGAGGCCUGUGUUGAGAAGAAGGAGUUCCGCCUGGCCCAGAUUUGCGGUCUCAACCUGAUUGUUCACGCCGAAGAGCUGCAGAGUCUCGUUCGCCAGUACGAGCGCAAUGGUUACUUCGACGAACUGAUCGCUGUCUUGGAGGCAGGUCUUGGUCUCGAGCGGGCUCACAUGGGCAUGUUCACCGAGCUUGGCAUUGCUCUGUCCAAGUACCACCCAGACCGUGUCAUGGAGCACCUGAAGCUCUUCUGGUCUCGUAUCAACAUUCCCAAGAUGAUCCGGGCCUGCGAGGAAGCCAAUCUCUGGCCGGAGCUUGUGUUCUUGUACUGCCACUACGAUGAGUGGGACAACGCCGCUCUUGCUAUGAUGGAGCGUGCAGCCGAUGCCUGGGAGCACCACUCGUUCAAGGAUAUUAUCGUCAAGGUUGCCAACUUGGAGAUUUACUACCGGGCGCUGAACUUCUACCUUCAGGAGCAGCCUCUUCUGCUCACUGACCUGCUUCAGGUUCUGACCGCUCGUAUCGACGUCAACCGUGUCGUUCGCAUCUUCCAGACCUCUGACAACAUCCCUCUGAUCAAGCCCUUCCUGCUCAAUGUGCAAUCCCAGAACAAGCGGGCCGUCAACGACGCCAUUAACGAGAUUCUGAUUGAGGAGGAGGACCACAAGCUGCUCAAGGACUCUGUUGACCAGAAUGACAACUUUGAUGCCGUCGCUCUUGCCCAGCGUCUUGAGAAGCACGACCUCAUUUUCUUCCGCCAGAUUGCGGCCAACAUUUACCGCAACAACAAGCGCUGGGAAAAGUCGAUUGCGCUCUCCAAGCAAGACAAGCUCUACAAGGAUGCUAUCGAGACCGCCGCUAUCUCUGCCAAGCCCGAUGUUGUGGAGGAUCUUCUCCGCUACUUCGUCGAUAUUGGUAGCCGCGAGUGCUAUGUUGGCAUGCUUUAUGCCUGCUACGACCUCAUCCGCCCCGACGUCAUUAUGGAGAUCUCAUGGCGCAAGGGUCUCCACGACUUCACUAUGCCCUUCAUGAUCAACUUCCUCUGCGAGCAGACCCGAUCAAUUGAGAUGCUUAAGAAGGACAACGAGGAGCGUAAGAACCGUGAGAAGACAACCCGUACAGAGGAGGACAAUACUCCCAUCUUGCAGGGCUCGCGGCUCAUGCUGACUCAGGGCUCUCACUCCAACGGGGCCGGUCUCACACCUCAGGCAACUGGGUACCGUGGAUUCUAG